CACAAAAUUAAAAAUAAAUAUUAGUGGGAAAGCAAAGUAGAAAAGAAAGCAGAAAUUAGACCAAGCAAAGCUCCGAAGCUCCAAAGCUCGCUUUUUCUUUCAUGGCAGUUUAUUACUGUACCAUUCCCUUAUGAUAUAAUUAUAUAGAUGAUUAUUUCUGGUUUUACAUUGAUGUUGAUGAUGAUCAUGGAUGAAGACUUGCUUUGAUUAAGAAGUUUUUUUUUUUUUUUGGCUGAGUGUUUGUCUCUUUCUUUGGGUCAUUUUUGGUCCCUCUCUUCUCCUCCAUUUCUUCUCUCAGCUACAAAUUUGAGCUUUAUCUUUUUCCUACUGGGUUUGAUUUUUGUUUCUCUUCCGCGUAAACAUGUCUAUUCACUGAGAUUCCCACCAAAUCAACGCGUCGGAGUUCGUAUAAAGUGUUCGCUCAGUCUGAGCUUUUCUUUGAGAUUCUGAAAACAUUGACUAAAAUAUUUGAUCUCAGAAUUAUUUUUUAUCAAUGAGUGGUUUUGCGAAGCACGAACGGCGAUGGGCGUCGGACUCGGUUCCAGCUAAAUCGGCGGUGAGUGCUGGAUCGUCGCCGGGAUAUGAUUCCAGUUCAACGGCGGCCGAAGAGGAGUUUGUUGAGGUUACUCUUGACCUUCAAGACGAUGAUACGAUUGUGCUUCGGAGCGUUGAGCCGGCGACGGUGAUCAACAUCGAUGACGCAAUCUCCGUCGUAGGUGGCACCGGGACAGAAACUCCGGCAUCGGUGUCGAGAUCUCCGUCGACGUUCAGGCGGAGCUCAUCGAGUCGGCUUCGUCAGUUCUCUCACGAGCUCAAGGCGGAAGCCGUCGCCAAGGCUAAGCAAUUCUCGCAGGAGCUCAGAGCCGAGCUAAAGCGAUUCUCAUGGAGCCACCACGGCCACGGGUCACGCGUGCUCUCGGCGUCGGCGUCUUCUUCAGCCACUCCUCAAAAUGGCGCCAGUGCCGGUCCCGGAGCUGGUUUCAACUCAGCUUUAGAGGCUAGAGCCUUGAGGAAGCAGCGAGCUCAGCUCGAUCGGACUCGUUCCGGAGCUCACAAGGCUCUUCGAGGAUUGAAAUUCAUCAGUAACUGUAAGACCAAUAGUGUCGAUGCAUGGAACGAAGUUGAGAAAAAUUUCGAAAAGCUUUCCAAAGACGGUUAUCUCUAUCGCUCCGAUUUCGCCAAAUGCAUUGGAAUGGCGAAUUCGAAUGAGUUUGCUCUGGAACUAGUGGAUGCUUUGGGAAGAAGACGAAGAUUGAAAGUUGACAAAAUCAGUAAAGAAGAACUCUACGAGUUUUGGGCACAAAUUACCGAUCAAAGUUUUGAUUCGAGGCUUCAGAUCUUCUUCGACAUGGUGGACAAGAACGAAGAUGGUAGAAUCACUGAAGAAGAAGUAAAAGAGAUUAUAAUGGUAAGUGCGUCUGCAAACAAGUUAUCAAGAUUGAAAGAGCAAGCAGAAGAAUAUGCAGCUUUGAUUAUGGAAGAAUUGGACCCCGAAAGACUCGGCUACAUUGAGCUAUGGCAAUUGGAGACGCUUUUGCUACAAAAGGACACCUACUUAAACUACAGCCAAGCGCUAAGCUACACAAGCCAAGCCUUGAGCCAGAACCUCCAUGGCCUCAGAAAGAGGAGCCGAAUACGGAGGCUGAGCACCAAAGUGGUCUAUUUUUUGCAAGAAAAUUGGAAGAGAAUUUGGGUUCUCUUGCUUUGGGUGGGCAUCAUGGCUGGUUUGUUCAUAUGGAAGUUCUUUCAGUACAAAGAAAAAAAUGCCUUCAAGGUAAUGGGUUACUGUCUCCUCACGGCCAAGGGAGCCGCCGAGACAUUGAAGUUCAACAUGGCGCUUAUACUCUUGCCUGUCUGUAGAAAUAUAAUCACUUGGCUUAGGAACACAAGGAUGGGUUACUGUGUGCCUUUUGACGACAACAUCAACUUUCAUAAGACCAUUGCUUCAGCCAUUGUAGUUGGUGUCAUUCUCCACGUAGGGAACCAUCUUGCAUGUGAUUUUCCAAGGCUGAUAAAUUCGUCAGAAAAAGACUAUGAUGAUUUUUUGAGUAAUGACUUUGGAAGUGAUAAACCCAGUUACUUAGAUCUUGUUAAAGGAAUUGAGGGUGUUACUGGAAUUCUUAUGGUGACAUGUAUGACCAUAGCAUUCAUUCUUGCUACCCGAUGGUUCAGGCGGAGCCUCAUUAAACUUCCCAAGCCCUUUGAUAGGCUGACUGGCUACAACGCCUUCUGGUAUUCACACCACCUGUUUGUCAUUGUCUAUGGCUUGCUCAUAAUCCACGGCGUGUUUCUCUAUCUUGUUCACGAUUGGUACCGUAAGACGACAUGGAUGUACCUUUCCGUUCCGGUGCUACUAUAUGCUGGUGAGAGGACCUUGAGAUUUUUCCGGUCCGGUUUCUAUACCGUUCGUCUUUUGAAGGUUGCGAUUUAUCCUGGAAAUGUUCUAACGUUGCAAAUGUCCAAGCCACCCCAGUUCAGAUACAAAAGUGGACAGUACAUGUUUGUGCAGUGCCCUGCCAUUUCUCCAUUUGAGUGGCAUCCAUUUUCCAUUACUUCUGCUCCUGGUGACGACUAUCUUAGUGUUCAUAUACGUCAGCUGGGUGACUGGACACAAGAGCUUAAGAGGGUAUUUUCGGCAGCCUGUGAGGCUCCUGUAGCUGGAAAGAGUGGACUUCUCAGGGCUGAUGAAACGACAAAGAAAAGUUUGCCAAAGCUAUUAAUUGACGGUCCCUAUGGUGCUCCUGCACAAGACUAUAAGAAAUAUGAUGUCUUGCUGCUUGUUGGUCUUGGAAUUGGCGCAACCCCUUUCAUCAGCAUUUUAAAAGACUUACUCAUCAAUAUCGUAAAAAUGGAAGAGCAAGCAGAUUUAGCCUCGGAUCUCAGUAGAACGUCAGACCUAAGUGUGGGUAGCACAGAUUCCACCACUCCCAACAGGGCUUCUCGAAAAAAGGCAUUGAAGACUACGAAUGCCUACUUUUAUUGGGUAACUAGAGAGCAAGGCUCAUUUGAUUGGUUCAAAGGGGUGAUGAAUGAAGUUGCAGAGCUUGAUCAAAGGGGUGUUAUUGAGAUGCAUAACUACUUGACCAGUGUGUAUGAGGAAGGUGAUGCUCGAUCGGCUCUAAUCACCAUGGUUCAAGCUCUAAACCACGCCAAGAAUGGGGUCGACAUUGUGUCAGGCACAAGGGUGCGAACCCAUUUUGCAAGGCCUAAUUGGAAGAAAGUUUUCUCAAAAAUUUGUUCCAAGCACUGUGGUGCAAGAAUAGGUGUGUUCUAUUGUGGUGCUCCGGUUCUGGCCAAAGAACUUGGGAAGCUCUGUUAUGAUUUCAAUCAAAAAGGUACAACCAAGUUUGAAUUCCAUAAGGAGCAUUUCUAGCCAAGUCUUCUCUCACAAUUUAUAGCUAUAAGACUAAGAAAUUUUGUAAACUUAGAUAUAUAUAUAUGAAAUAUUUGUACAGCCUUAGAGGAAAAAAAAUCAAAAGAAAAAAAUAUUAACAAAAAAAAGAUUUUUAUAUAUAUUAAGAAUAAAAUAAAGUUGCCAAGCUAGCCAACCAGAGAGAAGUUAUUCUGGAUAGUGAGGUGGCUUGGCACUGUACAUAUGGCAAAAGAAAGAGAUGACACGUGUCAAGUGAAGUGAAAUUGAUACUGUUAUGGAACUCAAAGAGUGCGAUACAGCUACAAUAUUAUAGAAGUUGACAUAAUUGACGAAGACAAUUAUUGAAUGGUAGACAUUCAUUGGUGGGUUAGGAGAAGAUAGUUCUAUAAUGAAGAGAGACGCAGAGGAGGGCCUUUUGACUGUGGAUGUGGAUGUGGAAGGUGGGAUAUAUUUGCUUUUUUCAGAAAUUAUUAUUAAUUUAUCUUUCUCUUUUUUAUUAUUGGGUGCCAAAUUUUCAUCUUUCUUCAAGUGGGGCUCAGGGAAUCAUUCUAGAAUGUAAUGACCAAGACUACCACUUUAAAUUAUUUUUAUAGAUUAUUGUUUAGAAUAAAUAAUGUUCUUUUCUGUAAAUGAGGAUGAUACUUUUUAGCUA